AUGCAUGAGUGUGAGCAGAAUAUCCGGGAUAUAUUGUCUAAAAGCCGUGUCCCGUCGAUAGGCGUUGCGGUUGAAGACUGCCGGGGCCUUACAUUCACUAUGCAUGUCACCAAUGCAAGGGCUAAAAAGACCAUAAUCCACCUCUCUAUCAUCCAUAAUUGCGAUCGGCGCCUGAAUACUCCAAUGUUGAUCAAUUUCUUCUUCAAUUCUCCAGAGAUUUACAAAACGUUUUAUAUUUCUUUCCUUUUCUUCAAUCGUGGUCGUCUUCUUAAUCACCUUUUGGAGUGGGUGCUCUCUCAACUUUCCCUUCCUUUUCACAAUCUUCUUCUUUUGGGGAGGUUUUUCAGGUAUUUUCUUUGGAAUACGAUAGUUUGCAGGAAGCCUCGGAUUUGUAAUUUUCGGUACUUGCUGCUGUGGCGAAGCGAUUCCAGGAUUUCGGGCAUUCUUGGCUUCAUUAAUUAGGUUACUUAGCGCCAAUAAUCUGGUUUCAAGACGAGUGUAUGGUUGCGGUGGACGACUAGACUCCACUGUGGCUUCUGCUUGUUCAAUAAUGACAUUGACUCCUUCCACAAUUUCAUCCUCAUUCUCAGACGAAGAAUCUAAAACUUCUAAAUUAUAAAGUUGGCCAAUGGCUCUUUUGAAUAUUUUAUUAUUUAUUUUUAUUUUAGCCGUCCUUAUUAAUUGGUCCCUUCCUUUUUGAAGUUCAAUUAUUUUACCAAGCUUCCAUAAACUUCUAGGAAGGGCCUCUUCGACCAAGACUAUGUCUCCAACCACCGGCUCCAUCCGAUUCUUUACCUUUGUUCCCCCUAAGGUUCUUUCCCUCAAAGAGAGCAAAUAAUCGUUGCGCCAAACCUCCCAAAAUUUAUUUAACCUCUUAUUAGUCUUCCUUAUUUGUUGAGUUAUUUGAGUUCUACCCACUACCUCCUCUUCAUAAUCCGAUUC